AUGCCAACUAUUUCAUCCAGUUCAGAAAGUGUUUCUACACCACCGAUUUCCGUACCACCAAAUGAUAAUAAUCCAUAUAUUAUCAGAGAAGUCAAUCCUAAUGGGACCGUUUUCAUUGCAUUUGGGGCUAUUGUGGGAGCCAUGCUUAUUGCGUUUGUAUUAUUUUAUUUAAUUAAAUCAAUUAAAGCCUCAUCAUUAGCUAAGAAAUCAUUAGCUGGUGAUAAAAAAAUUUUUGAAAAAUAUCAAAGUAAUAAUAAUACAGCUUACGGUAUAACUCCAACCUCAACCAGUAAUUUAAAUAUGAAUAGUGAAUAUCAACUGUCAGUGGCUAAAUUACCCCUUUUAUCCCAACACCAAACUUCAAAUAUGGGCGGUGGUUCUCAAGUUGGCGAUACUUCAACCAUUUAUGCGAGUGAAACGGGUCAUGCUACUUCAAAACAUGAUUUAACUAAAAUGUUCAUUUCGCCAACUGCCGAAGUAAUGACCCAUAAAAGAGUUCGUUCUUCUCAUUAUGGUGGUGGGUCCACUUCCAACUUGUCUCUUUUAGGUGGUUCUACUUCCAAUUUAGCUAAUCCAUCCCCAGCUACAAAUAGACACUCUCAAUUAUAUCCAAGUUUAUAUAUUAAUAAUGAUACUAACAAUAGUGAGUACUCAUUAAAUGCUGCAUCCCAACCACAAAACGCUCCUACUUCUCCUUCUAAUCAAGGUUUGGCAGUCCCAAGAUCAAAUAGAAAAACCAUUCCUUCAAUGUAUUUGGAUGAUUUGAUUGAUGAUGAUAAACAUUAA